GAAAGAGUAUAGCGCUAGAAACGCCCAAAGAGUACAAAAGAUGUAUGACGACAUAAUGUGGCUUUAAAUAGGGACAUCCUCCCCUCCCUCUCUUUCUAGAAGGAGUAUGCGACUAUAUGCGUCUUUGGUGGGCGCGGUGCGUGACGUUGGUAAUCAGCCCGUGUCUUGAGCCAUUUAGUGGCGUGCCGGUAGUGGGUUGUCAGCUAGUUGGUACGGAUAGCUUAUUCCCGUGACUCGUAUUCCGGAACUCUUCAAUCGUCUGUUGAGCGACGGCGUCAAUUGGGCAGCGAUUCCAAAGUUCAACGGAGAUUGUAGAGAGGGUCUGGUCGUACGCCUUAACUCGUCGUGGUCAAGGCAACGUCUACCUCGUCGUUAGUACAAACAGCAAUCAACGCUAGUGGCUCGAGGAACAACCACACGCGACGGCACACGGCACCGUACCCUCUAUACACUCCAGAGCGUCUAGAUCCCGGCUAAACCACUAUGGCUACCGACAGUCCUGUGAGCGGGACACGUGACGACAGUGGAUCGUCGGCAGACGAUACGACGACGUCGCCGUCGGACAACGGCCGGGCGACGGGCACCGGCUCGCCGACAAACAGUACAAACUCGGAGACGGAUAGCGGCAUCGGAGUUACGGUGAAUCGCAACCCAGUCUACAACAGCAACUGGAGCGAGGCGGAGGAGGCGACGGGGAGGGUGAACCACGGCUUCGCGACAACGGACGAGAAUAAAGAAGAGAAACCUGCCGAGUAUUUCCUGCCAGUCCCGCCCGCUGAGCCUAUACCGACCGACAAGUCGCGAACCUACAGGGACGAAGACGACGAGCCUCACAAGAUCCACUUCAUACAGAAAGGAAAAAGGACAUGGCUGAUAAUCGCCGGGAUUAUAAUUAUCAUCACCGUCGCUCUAUUUCUAGCAGCGGUGUACAUAGCAGCCGGGUUGAUCAAUGGCAAGGAACAUUACUCAGCCGCGUCCAGGCAACAGGACCCAAGGGCAGAGGAUGUGAUAGUAGGCGACAUAACGAUAGUAAAUCGAGAAUUCAUCAAGAACUACGAAGAUCCAACGUCAAACGACUACAAACAACUGAAAAAGGAAGUUGAAAACGAGGUUUACGAAGUUCUUCAACACAGCCCUAAUAUCGCAGAUGACAUCCGUAAAGUCCACGUACUACAUUUCAGCCCAGGUAGUGUGAAAGCAAGGUUUGCUGUCGAGCCCAAGAAACAGGUGAACGAGAGCGAGAUGGUCAUCCUCAUUUCGGAGAUACUUAUCGCCUACGCAGAAAUGAACGACAAUAGUAUCGGGGCACUACAGAUACUCCCGGACUUCCCUGUCGGAUUAGAACAAUACAUUAAUGAAUGUAAGCUGAACAACGGCAACUGCGGUCACGAGUGCGAAUGGAUCUUUGCUUCUAACGAGCACAGGUGCAAAUGCCCUCCAGGAGAAUUCCUUAGUGAUGAUCUAUCCAGCUGUCUCGUGACAUUACCGGAGAAAACUGUAACAUUUGCGGCACGACCUCCCACAAUGACCAUGAUGGAGACGUCGACGACUACGAAAACUACCACCUCAAAACCAAUAACUACAGCAGCGACUAUGGAACCAAAACUAAAACCAAUAGUAGAAACGACAGCAGAACCAACAGCUACACCAACAGCAGAACCAACAGCAACACCAACAGCAGAACCAACAUCAGAGCCAACAUCAGAACCAACAUCAGCGCCAACAACAGAAGCAACAGCAGAAGCAACAGUCGAGCCAGCAUCAGAGCUAACAGCAAAACCAACACCAGAGCCAACAGCAGAACUAACAUCAGAACCAACAGCAGAACCAACACCAGAGCCAACAGCAAAACUAAUAUCAGAACCAACAGCAGAACCAACUGCAGAACCAACAGCUAAACCAACAUCAGAACCAACAGCAGAAGCAACAUCAGAACCAACAUACGAGCCAACAUCAGAACCAACAGCAGAAGCAACAGCAGAACCAACAUACGAGCCAACACCAGAGCAACAGGCAAAAGCAACAGCAGAGCCAACUGCAGAAGCAACAGCAGAACCAACAUAUGAGACAACAGUAGAAGUAACAUCAGGCCUAACAUACGAGACAACAGCAGAACCAACAUACAAGACAACAGAAGAACCAAGAGCUAAACCAACAUCAGAACCAACAUCAGAACCAACAGUAGAACCAACAGCAGAACAAACAUACGAAGACAACACAGAGCAAGAGGCAGAAACCAACCAUACGAGCCAACACUCAGAGCCAACAGCAGAAGCAACAGCAGAACCACUGCAGCUGAAUGCAACAGCCCAGAACCUAACUGCAAGAAGCCAACAGCAGAACGCAACAGCCAAGAACCAAACUCAGUAGAGCCAACA